UCUUACUGGUUAAAUCUCCUCCAGCGAGCGCGAACGGAGAUCUGGAAAACUCCCCCCAUCGUCGCCGAUCCCUCGUCCGUGCACAGCUCGAUUUCGCGUCUGGAAUCGCCGCUGCGAUUUUCGGUUUCCGCAUCGACCCCGUGUCUGAAGAAGGAGAAGGGGAAGGGGAAGCGAUUCGUCGGAUCUAGGGCUUUCUCCCCGAUCCUCCGAGGAUGAAUAUAUUCAGAUUCGCCGGCGACAUGACGCACCUUUUUAGCGUCCUCGUCUUGCUUCUCAAGAUUCACACCAUCAAGUCCUGCGCUGGUAUCUCGUUGAAGACACAAGAGCUCUACGCUCUUGUCUUUAUCACGCGCUACUUGGAUAUCUUUACUGAUUUCAUAUCUUUCUAUAAUAUCAUCAUGAAGUUGAUAUUUCUGGGGAGCUCUCUUUCAAUUGUUUGGUAUAUGAGGCGCCACAAGAUUGUUCGUAGGUCCUACGAUAAAGAUCAAGACACCUUUCGCCAUUAUUUCCUUAUCUUGCCUUGCCUUCUCUUGGCAUUACUUAUUCAUGAGAAGUUCACCUUCAGAGAAGUUAUGUGGUCGUUUUCAUUAUAUUUGGAGGCCGUUGCCAUACUUCCUCAGCUUGUACUGCUGCAGAGAACCAGGAACAUUGACAACUUGACUGGACAAUAUGUACUUCUACUUGGUGCAUACCGAUCACUCUAUAUCCUGAAUUGGAUUUAUCGCUACUUCAGUGAGCCACAUUAUGUCCACUGGAUCCCUUGGAUUGCUGGGCUUGUCCAAACACUGCUCUAUGCCGAUUUCUUCUACUAUUAUUUCCAAAGCUGGAAGAACAACAAGAAGCUCGAACUACCGGCUUAGAUCAUCAAACUUAUUUUGGGUGGGUCUUAAAUUGCUAAACUUACGUGGCGAAGCUUUGCAAUUGCGAAGGAUGUCUGAAGUUCAAAUAUUUUUUGCCAUAAGGGAUUUGUAUAUUACUCGGAACUAGUUAUUCCCUCCCCUUAACCCUAUUUCCACCUACACUAGGAUUUUCUGAAGGAGACAGAUUUUAGUUUUCCAGAUAUUGUACGCAGACCAUCAAUAUUUCAGACAACUUGCCUUCCCUAUCAAUAUGUCAAAAUUCGAGUUCUUAGA